AUGGACCCGCUGUACGAGCUGCUGGCUCCCUACUUCGAUCGACCAGAGUCGCCGUCCGACCACCUACCACCCCCGGCUGCUAGCGAUGCCCACACCGUCAGCUACCUCACACGGCUGAGCACUCUCUCUCUUGGGGAUCUUGCCUCGACUGAGCCGGCCUCGCUUCUACACUCUGCUCAACAGCAUCUUCGAAGUCUACAGGCACUCUCGAAACGCUCUCAAAAGGCUGUCAUUGCCUCUUCCUCCCACCUCUCAAACUUGACCUCAAUCCUACCGAUCCUCGGAUCACAAACCAAAGCAUUACAAGAUGGCAUACCAGAGCUGGAGACAGCAGCAUCGGAAUUCGCGACCAAGUACAACAGGAGUACGGAGAACGCUGUCCUGGACCGGCGGAAGCGAACAAUGCUGCUUUCCGGGAAUGUAGACCGGGUGACUGAUGUGCUGGAACUACCGACUCUGCUGUCUUCAACAGUAUCUGCUGCGCAAGCUCCAGGCACAAGUUCAAGUUCGAGCACGUCUACCUCUUAUGCUUCAGCAUUGGAUCUACAUGCCCACAUCCGACGGCUGAACACUCUCUAUCCGCAUUCAGAACUGGUUGGCGGCAUUAUGAAGCAGGCAGAGUCGGAAAUACAGAAUCUUACUACGAUCUUAAUCACAGCACUACAAAGUCCCUCGUUGAAGCUAGCGGGUGCAAUGCGGACGAUCGGCUGGCUCAGGAGAGUCACCCCGGAUCUCGCCGAAGACGGCUAUGCCACGACGAAGCAACACGCUACCUCAGCAAGAGCACUCACCAUGUCCAAGGACGCCCAAAGCGAAGACGGCGCACUCGGAUCAGUAUUCCUCAUCUGCCGACUGCGGACUCUACACAUGACGCUGAAUGCGCUCGAUCCUCUACGCGAGCUAGCCGACAACGAAACCACCCGCCGGCAGCAGGGUCUGAACAGCAAACUGCUCAAACAGCAAGUCUCAGCCAGCGCACUCGGAAGCCAGAGCGAACGGUACCUAAAACGCUACAUCGAGAUUUUCCGGGAGCAGAGCUUCAGCAUCAUCAGCAUGUACAAGAGCAUCUUCCCGUCAUCCCUGCCAACGCCGGAGAUUGCAUCAAGCGACGAAGGCGACGAGGAAGCAAGCCCGGGUCUGCCGUCUCCACUGGCUUCGUUUGCCUUACAUCUAUCCGCGACGCUCUCGCGCGAGCUUCAGCAGUAUCUACCGAACAUCGCGGACAAGCAGGCGCGAGAAUCGCUUCUGACGCAAGUACUGUACUGUGCUGGUAGCUUAGGGAGGCUGGGAGCGGAUUUUGGCCUGAUGGUUGCGAUGCUAGAGGCAGACUUGGAAGGUUCUCUGGAGGACACAGAAGACACAGCAGACGCGGAUCCUGAGUGGGUGCAGGUCAUGAAGAAGCACCGUGUUCAAGCGAGCCGGCUGGAAGUGCUGUCUCGUGGUGUAGGCGGUAGGAAGGCUAGUGGGGAGGUGCUGUCGCCGCCGCCUGUAUCGGCUUGA